CGAGACAGAGCCCUCCCCUUGCCAUUUGUCUCUGGAUGCACAGUCUCUGAACUCUCAAGCGAUUCUAUUUUAACCUCGAUCAUCUCACCCGAGCCCAGCAGGCAGCACUCAGGUAGAAGAACCCAACAUGAAAUUGCCACUGGGCAUCAUACUUGCACUCCUCUUGAUACUUCAGACAUUCCAACAAGUAUCCACUGAGAUACCCGAGGAGUGGAAAAGAGAUAAUGGGGCAAUGGACAACAACGAAACACAGUCGUCUAGUGAGAAACCACCUGUUCAACCAUCUGUUCCAAUGGGAGAAAGUAUGGAGAGCAGUUCAGUAGAAGAUGGACAAUCAUUUGGCUCGUUUCUAUUUACUGGAGGAGAUGAACAAAAGCAGAAUUCCACAGAACUGUAUCAAAUCCCUGAUCACAGGGACAAUGACACAGAGGAAGCCAGUUCUGGCGGACCCAUUUCUACAACGCCACCUCCUAUGAUUGCACUUACUUCAAGUUCUGAGCCCUCAGAAUCUUCAGCGGAAUCCAAUGAAACACAGACCCAGGAGACAGCUACAAAUACCUCCACACCAGAGCCGGAGCACACGAAUCAAUUUGCUCUUAAUGACACAUUUACCAGUCCAAAACCCGAGACUACCACAACAGAGAGCAGCCUUGACGAAACGGGUUCUGGAUAUUUGCCCUCAGACGUUGUACCUACCAACAGCACUACUAAGAGUCCGGCCACCACAACAAAAGAUGAGAACGUCCAGUACAAAACUACAGUGAGUCCAACUGAACCACCAGUAAACGGAACAACACCACCAGUGAUUCCACCUGCCAUCCCUGAGGACAUCACAACACCUGCCGCAGACAGUGAGGACACAGGAGCAAACUUGACUGGACCUUUUGACAACAAAGAUAAUUCUGAAAGAGGUUUAUCCUCAGAUAUUACAGAUGCUGAAAACAAGAAAGGGGAGGCAUGGGCUAUCGUCCUAGCCGUUGGGAUUGUAGUGGGGAUCAUUGCCUUGGCAGCAUUUAUCAUCCUGAAUCGAAGGAAUAGAAGAGACUUUUCACACAGAAAACUGGUGGAAGAGACAUCACCUGAUCCAGUUCUCCGACUGGAUAACAGUGAGCCACUAGACCUGAAGUUUGAUGGACUUGGUUACUACAAUCCAGGACUACAAGGAGACAGCAUCCAGAUGACCAACUUUCCGCAGGGACGGUCGCAAUAAGAACAAAUCUCUGAUGCCAAAGACUCUUUAUUUAAUGUUGCACGCAUUUGAAGACAAAAGGAUAAUUAAGAAAUGAUUGUAAUUUUUAAAGUGAUUUGCCAAA